CCCAAGCGGCACAAUGACUUGUGGUUGGGGGCCACAUCAUUUAGACAUGUACACACAGACACACUCACACAGACACGGGAAAGACAGAGAAGAUCGUGAGGAUUGUAGGGACACAAACCUAUCUGUAAAUCUAAGACACACAGCUUAGAACUAUGAACCUCCACGCUUUGUUCAACCACUGAAGCUAAACAUGCUGGACAGCUACUACUGAAGCAUCUCAACUCAUAGAAUGACACCAAACGCCACCCUUCCAUUCGUCCUCGUCACCUCAGCCACCCGAGAUGACAAAGCCAAGGUGGUGGACAUCGAGGCCAUCAUGAACAACUUAAUCAUUGUCCUUUACACGCUGACCAUUGUCCUGGGCACCACGGGCAACUCUGUAGUCAUCUGGGUGGCAGGCUUCAAGCUCAAGCCCACCGUCACCAAUGUGUGGCUGGUCAACCUGGCCGUGGCCGACCUCAUCUUCUGCCUGAGCCGUGUGCUCUCGCUGACCAAGAAGCUCUUCUUCGACUACUGGCCGUUCGGCAUCUUCUUAUGCAAGUUCAACGGCUUCUUCAAGUAUGCCAACAUGUUCUGCAGUGUGUUCCUGCUCGCUGUCAUCAGCAUGGACCGGACGCUCUGCGUCUGGCACCCCGUCUUUACCAAACGGCGUAGGACGAUCUGCGCCGCCCGCCUGGUGAGUGCCGGCGUGUGGGCGGUGGCGGCCAUUUUGAGCGCCCCCUACUUCGCCUACCGCCAGGUUUACCUCGGCAAGAACAACCUGAGCAAGUGCUCGCUAGAUGUCAAGGAGUCAACGAAAGGCGAUAACAGCGCUAAGCUAGUGCUCUACCUAAUGCGCUUCCUAUGCGGUUUCCUGCUUCCUUUCCUCAUCAUCCUCUGCUGCUACAUCCUAGCAGGGUUAGGCAUCAGACGCACCCGCCUGUUGGGCAAGUCACGUCCCCUCCGUAUCCUGGCAUCGCUGGUCUGUGCUUUCUUCCUGUGCUGGGCGCCCUACCACUGUCUCCUACUGGUCAAGAUGGUGAAGAGCAACAGUAUGGUAGUGAAGGUGGGGCUGACAGGGGCCACAGGCUUUGCCUACUUCAACAGUUGCGUGAACCCGCUGCUGUACUUCUGUAUGGGGUUGGACAUGAGAGGGUCGAGGUUCAGGCAGAGCUUAGCUGGGGUGUACCGGAGAGCACUAGCCGAUGACAGAGAUGGUCGAAACACGCAGUCCAACGAGCGCACAGUGGAUGAUAGUUCUGGCUCUGCAUCACGACUUGCAAUGGUGAAUGUGGCCAAUGUCAGUUUCGAGUGAAUGUGGCCAAAGUCUGUGGGAAGUCACAUUUGGUAUGAGGAGAAGUUCCUGUCCUUAUUAGAUCACAGGCUAAUUAACAGUGAAUAGCUGAAUAGCUUGUGUAGACAAACAUUUUUCAUAUUUUUUAUCAGUUAGGAUACAUAUAGACAUAGGGUUACUGUGAAUUUAUGUAAAUGCCUCAGGAAAUAAUUAUCACACUUUCGAAGUGUUAUGUGAUGAAAAUCACAGAAAGAAAGUGGAACUGUGCCUGGAAAAUAGCAAAUAACCUAUCAGGAGGAAGUGAUACAACUUCUGGGGAAAGUCAUAGAUGACUUCAAUCGUGCUGUUUUACUAAGUGUCAUGUUUGGAAAAGUGGAAAAACAAGGAUAUUUAUUCCCAUAUUCCCCAUCCCAUGAGACAAGAUUGUAAUUGGAAAUGGCGAAAUUGCGGAGAAAAAGGAGGGUAAAACGUCCUGGCAAAUAUUCUUAUACUUACCGGUGUAAACUACAACAUUAUCCCAAUUUGAUAUGUUGCUUAAGGGACAGCUCACAAUUUACUGGGGGGUGGUCCAAAAUAGGGGAGGGUUGUCAAACUUUGUCUUUGUUGCUUUGUGGUGGGUUGUGUUUUUUUUUUUAUUGAGCACAGGCCAGUAUAGUCUAUCAGUCUAACGGUCUAUCCAGCAUUCAUAGUGACAAUAGUGGUAGAUGGAUCAUUUGUCCAGAUCUGCAAUAGGCUAACUAACAAUCACACCUCACAUAAAACCAUUCAAAACUGCACCUCAUUCACUCUCAUUGAUGAUACAAAGAGGGGAGUCAGAAGAAGAGGAUGUGAUCUGGACAACUUGACUUGAGGAAGCGUGGUGGUCGCGUGUUUCUCUUUUAGUCACCACAUUGCUCCUCCUAGACAGACGGUUUCUAUCAUGUCUCAGUCACAUGACUGGUCUCUCCUUCAGACAAACUGUAUCAGAGGUGAACACAGAGGCUUAGCUGAAGCUCUCUGGUUGCCAGUUCAGAUAAGACACCACACUCACAGCGGAAGAGAAAUGAAAACCACAAUUCAACUCACUUCCUGACUCUCUCGCUCCCUCCCUCCUUCCCUGUCUCUAUUUCUCUCUCUCUCUUCUCCUCCGCUCUCUGAUUAUAUUUUUCAGAAAUAAAAAGUAUGAAAGAGACAAUUGACAUCUUGACAAUUGACAAGCUGACAUCUAUUUAUCUUUUGAUAAAUAUUCUCAAUGAGAAACAAAACUGUUUUCCUGUAUUGUCUGACAUUGUGUAGCUAGCGUUGUCAUUCAUGAAAGGCCUAAACGUCCAGGAUGCAGAGAAACAGAAAUCCCCCUCAGGACAAUGGAGGAAAGGAACAUACAUGGAUGGGAACAAACAGAACAGACCAGCCAGCCGCACCCUCCUUCCUCUCAUGUUUUUGAUUCUUUGCCCUUUAUCAAUGUAAAAUUAUUUUUAAAAUCAAUGAGAGUAAAACAAAUUGACACUGUUGAGAAAGUACCAUGCCAACUGAUAUCACAUUCUUCAACCAACAUGUUGACCUAUAGGAAGAGGGAACUCCUACUGUAUGUCUGAUUCAUUUGAUUUGUCAUGAGUCAGCAACACACAUCCUCUAUAGUUGCUUUUUCACUGAUCAUCAUUCACAAGGGGGAACAAACAGAGGUUUUCUUCUCUUGCCUUGUUGUCUUCCCUUGCUAGCAAGUUGGCUAAACACUGCUAGCUAGCUAGCCUUUUGAAAUAAUCCGAUUUUUUAUGAAAUAGAAUUAAAUGUCAAAUACUUAUACUUUCUGAUGCGACGUACAACAUUAUACCAAUUUAAUAUUCUACUUCAACGUAUUGGCUCCCAUAUCAGCUAAAAAUAGAAUGUCAUAAUUGUUAUGUCAUAACAGGCUUUUUAAAUUUUUGUAAUUCUGUUUUUACGUUUCAAAAUGAGGGGAUUCUAAUAAGGCUACAAUCUUGUCCAGUGCCAACCCGUCAUUCAGGGCAUGG